UGUAAUUUGCGUUACUGAGACUUGGUUUCAAAGUGACUUUCUUGACUUCAACAUUUCUUUCAAUGGAUUCAAUUUAUUGAGGCAUGACCGCAUGCAUAAAAAAGGGGGAGGAGUUGCAGUGUAUUGCAAACAAAAUCUUAAAUUCAGACUGCUAGCAAAGUCGAAUAAUAGUGAAAUUGAAUACAUCUUUACUGAAAUAUCUCAUGGGGAAACAAAAUCAUGUGUGUACAAUCCUAUGUUGAGGAGGACUUUCAGCGUAAACGUGCCUAUGAAAAAGCUAAUAUACGACACCAGUUGCAAUUGUAUUUGAGUGGAGGAAAAUGGAAGGGCGACGAGAUAGGAAAUGACGAUCAUACCAUCAUUUGCGCUGAGCCUUUACCCCAGGAUCACCAAAUCAGCGAAAAACCGCAACAAGAAAACGAUGCGAAUUUGCAAGUAUCGACUCAUCAUGAUAGAAACAACAACAUAACUUGCCGUUCUGAUCCGGAUGGUGCUGUUUCCACAUUGUCACCGCGCUGCGCCGGCACUCAUCCUAUGGUGAAAGUCGACAACGCCAACAUUUUCAGGGAAAUACGUCAACCGUACGGGUCGAUGCACCAUCGUUGCUAUGAUUCCGAUUGCGGUGAAGAAAGCGACACAGACGUGAUGGAUUUGGCCAAUUUCCGCCAUUCAGCCACUUUGCUAGAACCAUAUCUUCAAUCCAUAAUCAAUUAAAUGAAUUGCUAUAUUUUACAUUUGUUAUUUUACAAAAAUUUCAGUUAUUACUGUUGAAAUAAAGGUACACAAAGUUUAACAAUUCUUUAUCCAUCUGUCAUAGAUUUGCGGACUUUUUUUGCAAACUAAUUUUGAAAUAAUUUGUAAACAAGUCCAAUAGG